GAGGAAGAAAGAAAAGGAGGGAGACGAAUUACAUAUCUUGUUAACUUCAUCAUGUGUGUUUACUAGAUAUUUAUUUCAAUUUAAUUAAAUGCUGUUUCAACUGUGUUAAUCUGGUUAGGUUGAGUGUCUAAAAGCGUGCCAAAGGCGCUCUUCAGAUCAGAUAUAGAUCAGAAUAUAUAGAUCUAAAUGUAUGUGCUGACUCAGAUUUUUUGUUGUUGUUGUUUAUCUAUUGCACUGAAAUGUGCCUGACACUGUGGAAACCUGCCGGUGAGGCAUUGGUGACGUAUGCCGAUACGCUGCCAGUCUACCAAAAUACCACUAGACUAGCUGCGCUCCGCCUGCGCUGAAAGCUGACCAGGUUUGAUACGGCGAGAUUUCGGCGCACUUUACACGCCAGAGGCGAGCACGAAAAUGUCACUGCGCCAGCUGAUUCUGUCGACACCUCCCCCUGCCACGCCACCACGCCCUGCUUGGCGGACCUUGGUGCGCCUCAGUCCACGAAAAUACCAAACUGGCUGUACACCAGGCUCCGCCAGACGUUAUUGUGGCAACAGAUGAACACAGAACGUGUUUUGGUCGACAUUAUCCAUCUUGUAACCGAAAUAAUUCAAGAUAACUGACUUUCCUUUUCUUUUUGGCAACAAAUCUUCAUCUUCUGUGGUUUUCUCUGUUUGUUGCUCAGUUUGCGAUCGUUGUUUUUGUUGUCAACGGGGUUGUGCCGAGAAACCCAUGUCCUCCGAGAAAUGCAUGCACCUCACAAAACGCGCACUGCUUAUAGUAGAGUGGUCCACGGAAAUGUACAAUUUAAAACCCAUACUUAUUUGUUGGGCUAAACAGUGAUGAAGAAUGUUCCGAAAGUAAUUCUCAGCGGACAGGCGUCUCACUCCAUGUGCAGAACAUGUGCAGGGGUGGGUUUCCUCCUCUCUGAUUUUGAUUGACAGCUGGCAGGGUAGUCUGAUUGGCAACUGAGAACUGAGUCUGAUUGGCAACUGAGUAAAGAAAGGUGAAUGGUGGAUCGCUGCACAGCACAUGCAGAGUCACAUGCAGUGUGUCUCAGUCGGCUACCCUUGAAAUUAACUGAGUUCAUUCACCUCCGACAUCGCAGGCUCUGCAAUGUGACUAUCGCACACACGUACAUCGCGAUGACGAUGCUGAAACGAUAUAUCGUGCAGGCCUAGUAGAAAUGUUAUUAUUGGUUGCACCACAUGAUUGGUGGUUGCGCCAAAUGAGUUGAAGACCUUGUAUCAUUAAAAAUCAAUUUAAAGAGACCUAUGAACAAUUAAUUUCAUGCAAAUUUUAUAUUCAAACUAAAUUUUAUUAACAUUUCGAACAUGAACACAAACAUUUUAUUUCCCUUUUUGACAUGAAAUUAACUCUGUGUGUGUUUGUGUCUGUGGUCCAGAGGCCUGCACUACGAAGCUGGAUUAACACAACCAGGAUAACUCUGCGACAACUCGAUCAAUUUCACCAGAUCUCCGUAAUCCCGAUCUGCUGUACUACGAGGCAGGAUAUCAACUAGCUAACUAAAUUCAGUUAUGGUCAGUCUAGAUCUGUGCGCGCACACGUAAAGGGGGCGGGGUCAGUGCCACCAGACCACUCUCAACAAUGGACAAGGCUGCACGUCAUAUUUCACAGCCGAGGAACAGAGCAUUAUUUUACACAAAUACGAGGAGUACUGCAACACUAUAACAGUGAGGAGCAGGACAGCCGCAGCUGCUAAAAGCCGCAGGGACUGCUGGCAAAAAAAUCAUCGAUUGUGUCAAUUACAUUUGUAUGUUCAUAAAUUUAUGGCCCCCUUAUAUGUUGUCAUGCAGCGUGUGUGAUAACCUCCUGUUGACCUCAUUAUUUCAGAUACAACAGUAGUAGGAAAAGAGUACGUGGGAGCAAAUAAAAAUAAAUCUAAAAACAUCCGUCAAAGUGGUUAGCUGGUUUACUGGAAGAUUUAAUUUGUACACAUUUCAACACGUAAACAGUGAUUUCCUCACACUGCCUUUUUUUCUUUUUUCUCCAUCAUCGAAUGGUCACAUGUCAUCUGUAGACACAUUUGGGGUUAAGAGGAGUUUUCUAAUCUGCUUCAAUAAAUUCUGAAUGAUCAGAAUCAGAAUGCCUUUUAUUGUCAUUAUAAGCAGUACAAUGAAAUUAAAGUCACCCAUAUCAGUGCAAGACAUUGGAAAAAAGAUAGACAAAAAUAUAGAAAAUAUGAAACGAGAUUAAUAUGAAGUAUGACUGAUAUGCUGCAUGAAAUUGGAACUUGGAGCUUGGCAAAUGUUAUUUGUUAUUUGUGGAAAUAACUUUAAUUAAUUGGGGUUUUUUUGAGGACAUACCACAUGACAUCCAAAAGUGGCAACGCCAUUUCAGCAGUUGAAAAGGUCUUUUUUUUUUAAAGAAAUGAGAGAGCCACCAACCCUCUUUCUGAUUCCAUAGCUCUAUGACAAAAUCGUGAUCGAUGCAACUUCCUGACCUAGAGUAAAUGCUGCUGUACAUCUGCCACAAAGGUUAGCUAUUUGCAAAUGUGCCGCCCACACUUCCGGAACAGACCCCCUCUCGCUGGUAAACGCAUUUGCAGAUAAAACAGCCAAGGCUGCAGCUGAGGGAGAGAUCUCAGUCUGCACCUUGGAGUAUACUGACGCACUUUCUGGUGACGUUCUUAAAACAAUGCAACAACAGAGCCCAAAAACUGAAAUUGAACUCUGGGCUAAACAAGACGCACAUUUGCAAAAUGGCAUCUAUAUAUGACCUGAAGGGAAACCUAUCCUUCCAAAGAAUCUUUUUAAAUGGGGAGCAAUAUUGAGCGAUGGUCCCACACAUGUCUCAACAGGAGGGAUGGUAGGACAGAUACAAUAACAUUUUCCUACUUAUGGAUUUAACUCUUAUUCAAAAAUUUUUUGCAGAGCAUGUUUAACAUGCGCCAAACACAAUCCUCAGGGAAAUCUCAGAAUGAAAACACGUUGUUUCCCUGAACCAAAAUAUCCCUUCCAGGUCAUACACAUGGACUUUAUCGAACUGAGCCCAAGUGAAGGAAAAAGAUACUGUCUUGUGAUAACAGAUGCAUUUUCCAAAUGGGUAGAGCUUUUCCUGACUAAAACACCAGAUGCAUUGACAGUUGCUAAAGCACUUUGUAAAGACAUCAUACCUCAGUAUGGUAUCCCAGAAAUAAUUCGUAGCGACAAUGGCACUCAUUUUGCGAACCAAAUCCUUAAAAAAAUAGGACAAAUGUUCCAUAAACCUUAAACAUCAUUGUGCAUAUCACCCUCAAAGUGCAGGCUUAGUAGAACGAAUGAAUAGAACUUUAAAAAAUAGACUAAAAAAAUGUAUGGAAGAAAGAAACAGACCAUGGACACAGUGUCUUGAUCUCGUAGAACUUUACAUCAAUAUAACAAGCACUAGUGGAUUGACUCCUUAUGAGACCUUAUUUGGCAGAACAUACAGGCUGCCCCAGUUUAAGAACCAAUGGGAAACAGAUGACGACAGCACACUUGCAGACUAUAUGAGAAAGAUAUUAGAAAAACAAAAACCAGUAUACUGACAAUCAUCCCGCUGAUUCUCAACAGGAGACUCAGCCACUGAAGCCUGGAGACUGGGUGCUAAUAAGAAGUGUUAAAAGAAAGCAUUGGCAUUCACCUAAGUGGGAAGGUCCAUACCAGGUACUGUUGACAACCCCCACUGCUGUUAAGAUAGCAGAAAGAUCAGCCUGGGUCCACUUGACACACUGCAAACAGGUCAUUUCAGUCGAAACUCCGAUAGGGGUGGUGAGCCAAAGUCUGAUAAUAGGGUGGAUUCAGAUGUUUAGAGUCUGGAUUAGGCCUGGGCGAUUUGGCAAAAAACAUGAUCACGACUUAUUUUGUCAUAUCGUCCGAUCUCGAUUAAUAUCACGAUUUUUUUUUAAAGCGCCAGUUUUAAAGUAUCUGUACUAAAAACUAAAAAAACUAGAGAUUAGUUCAACAUUUUAUUAACAUAUAAAGUAAAUAACAAAGCAAACUGAAUAAGAUACACUUAGAAAAAUUUAAAAAAACAUUUUAACUCAACAGUGCUACAUGUUCUACAUGCUCUCCCGUAUGAGGCUCUCUGAACAUCUGUGCAUGAAAUACAGCACUCUUUUAUCCGAGACUGCCCUGAACGCAUCACUCUCGCAUAUCUCGCAUUUGUUUCUUUUCAUUGAAGUGUUCAUUUUCCAAUAAACACUUCUUUAAUAUAGUUUCAGGGCUCUCAAGUUUUGAACUAAGCUUAGAGUGAGAUUUCUUUGGGGGGGUGUAGAGUGAUUGAUGAUAAUUAUUAGUAUAAUAAUCUCUUAAAUACAACAGAGUGUGAGGGCCACAUUAAGAAAAAAAAAUUAAAAUUUUAGACAACAAAGUUAUUAUUUAGGAGAAUAAAGUCAUUGAUUUAUAAGAAUUAAGUCGUAAAGUUACCUGUGGUGUGGAGGAGAGUUGUUAAAAUCAGCACUGUGGAGCAUUUAGAUGAAUUGUACUUUAGUAUAGGUUUCACAAACAUGGAGAUACUUAAUCCUUUGGUACAUGAGCGUUACACUGUCAUGAGUAUCAGAACUUUAAAAAAAAUAUAUGAGAAAUGCUGCUUUUGUGGAGGGGAAAAUGGCUGAAAAUGGCUGUACAGAGGCUAAAUUCAUCAAUACAGCUGUCAAUAGCAAUAGCAUAGGGUUUCAGUUUAUUAUAUGAGUUUAUAUGCCAUGAGGUGUUGAGGUCUCUGCAUGUGUAGGUUACUGACUUACUGUAAUCAUCGGGUCUAUCUCGUCCUUUUAAAAACCUGCUCUAUUUCUACCCGGAUACAGACAUGCUGCUUUUUGAUUGGCUGUUCAGUAGAUAUACUUUAUUUGAUUGGCUUGCGCCUGGCACGCAGCUUCUGAACUCUCGGAGAAACACAGUUGAUUUCUACCUGUUCCAUUGUUAAAGAGGGGCAACGUGGUGGACAUCACCAUGUUCAUUUAAAUGCGUGAGAAAUACGAUGUGUGGCGUGUGAGCGUGUGAACAGGUGGGAAUGCAUGUGUCACACGCUGAAUGCGUGAGACUUGAGAGCCCUGUAGUUUACAGCUGAAACCGACCUGAAUCGUCCCAAACUGUAAAGUAAAAGUGUCAAUCCACUGUCUGUAAGGCUCAGCAGAAACAAAGGACAAUCUCCGGUUGUCUGGAAACUUUGAGCAAAUAUAGUGAUCUGAUUCAUGAAUGAAUGCGGACUAUGCUACGAGAAAUUCCCGGGAGAAAUGAUAAUACCGGGAGUGGGCGGGAGAUACGUCUGAAUAGGCCUGUCGCGAUAAUCAAUAAAUCGCCUUAUCCCUCGGUAAAUAAAAACGAGGUCGGUCAUUUUGCCAGCCUCGAUAAUUGACGUGCGUUUGUUUUCCUCCUCUCUCGCUACCAAACACGCUGGAUGAGAGAAGAGGUCUCACUCUGUGCAUUGUUCUCUGCACCUGGGGGCGUUGGCUCUAUAGCGGAAUGAACGGAGUUAGUGAACCCUCCUGUCAGUCAUUCAGUGUCUUUGUCACGAGGGGGCUGGCGCGCACAGUCAGGCACACAGACACAGACUUUUGGAUACAGUGCUGCAAGUGAGCGUCGUGAGUGAAAAGCAAGCAAACAGAAUGAACACGACAGCGCUGGUGUCUAAACCGAACGCAACAGCCCAGGUGUGGGAAUAUUUCGGCUUUAAACCAGUUUUGUUUUCGUCAACCACAAAACUCAUGUGUGUGUGUGUGCGCGCGCGUGUGUGUCUGUGUGUUGGAGGAGCACAGCAGGCUGAUGAGAGCUGUCAGAGCGGACUGAAGCUGCUCCUGUAUGUUGAGCGUUUGACUGACUGAGUUUUGCAAGUCUGUUUGUCAUUUUCGUCUCGUCCCAUCAACGUAAACGCACUUUCGUCUCGUCACAUUUUAGUCAUCUCCGACUUAUGUUUAGCUCGUCAACGUUACGUAUUCGUCGUGGAAGAAAGGGAAAUAUUUUAGUCAACGAAAACAACCAGUGUUGUUCUCGUUGACGAAAAUAUUUACCUUUUUUGACGCUGGCGUUGACGAAAAUAUUUGACGAAAUAUGACGAAAACAACACUGCUUUAAACCAAAUGAAAGAGGUGAGCCCACAAAUACAGACGAGCCGAUAUGUCGUAUUUGUUCCAAAGUUGUGGUGACAAAGAAUCAAUCAAUCAAUCAAUCAAUCAACUUUAUUUAUAUAGCACAUUUAAAAUAACCACAAGGGUAGCCAAAGUGCUGUACAGUGACAUAAAAACAAAUAAAACAAUCAAAAAACAAGAUAACGCAAGCAGAAAUACAAUAACGCAAAAGAAUAAAUAAGUGUAUAAAUAAGGAGGCUCACGGCAAGUGCUAAGAUGAUAAAAAAAAACAAAUUAACACUACAAUGUACUAAAAGCCAAUGAGUAAAAGUGCGUUUUUAAAAGGGAUUUAAAAACAGGAAAUGAGGAGGCCUGUCUAAUUUUCAAGGGCAACUCAUUCCAGAGCUUAGGGGCAGCAGCAGCAAACGCUCUGUCCCCUCUGAGCUUCAGCCUAGUACUGGGGACCGUCAGUAAAAGCUGAUCAGCUGAUCUUAGGGGUCGGGGUGGGCAAUGAGGCUGGAGCAUCUCCGAAAUAUAGGGUGGAGCAAGGUUGUUCAGGCCCUUAAAAACAAAUACUAAAAGCUUAAAAUGAAUUCUGUACUGAACAGGGAGCCAGUGUAAGGACGCCAGGAUGGGGGUGAUGUGCUCACGCCUGCGGGUCUGUGUCAGGAGACGUGCAGCAGAGUUCUGCACAAGCUGCAGGCGGGCAAGGGAAGCCUGGCUAAUCCCUACGUACAAGGAGUUGCAGUAAUCAAGACGGGUAGUUAUAAAAGCAUGGAUUAAUUUUUCCAGGUCAGGUCUUGAUAAAAUGGGCUUCACCUUCGCUAUUUGACGUAGCUGAUAAAAACUUUUUUGUACCACCCCGCUGAUCUGCUUCUCAAAUUUAAAAUCAGGGUCAAAUUUAACUCCCAGAUUAGUGAUGACCUCUUUUAGGUAGGGUGAGAGGGAGCCUAGGUCGAUGUUGGGGGGGUGGCCGCCACUUGGUCCAAACAUCAUUACCUCGGUCUUGUUCUCAUUUAGACUGAGGAAGUUAAAAGAAAGCCAGGCUUUAAUGUCCUUAAGGCAGUCAGUGAGUUGUUGGACUGAGUUGGAGUUGUUCUGUGCCAGUGGAAGAUAGAUCUGACAAUCAUCAGCAUAAAAAUGAAAGGAGAUGCCGUGUUUCCUAAAAACAGAACCAAGGGGGAGUAAAUAAAAGGCAAAUAAAAGAGGGCCGAGGAUUGAGCCCUGAGGGACCCCAUGUGGAAGAGGAGCUGUUGAGGAUGCAGAGUUUUCAAUUUGAACACAGAAACUUCUGUCCGUUAAAUAAGACCGGAACCAGUCCAGGGCAACACUCUUAAUGCCCACACAGUGCUCCAGGCGAGAGAUUAAAAUGCUGUGGUCAACAGUGUCAAAUGCAGCAGACAGAUCUAGGAGCACAAGGACAACAAACUUUCCAGAGUCUGUUGUCAGUAGAAUGUCGUUUGAAACCUUUAAAAGUGCUGACUCUGUGCUGUGGAGAGCUUUAAAACCGGACUGGAACAACUCUGUGAUACCAUUGUCUUCCAAGAAUGGUAACAACUGGUUGUAGACAACCUUCUCUAGAAUCUUGGAAAGAUAUGGAAGAUUUGAGAUGGGCCUGAAAUUGGCACAGAGGGAUGGGUCAAGGCCAGUUUUUUUGAGUAGAGGUCGUACCACAGCAUGUUUAAAAUCCGUAGGUACUGUACCGGAUGAGAGGCUACAAUUUACAAUAUUAAGGACACUUGGUCCAAUAGUAGCAAGUACCUCUUUAAACAAGCGAGGUGGGAUGGCAUCAGCAGGGGAGCCAGAAGGCUUCAUAUGGCCGACUAUGUCCUUUAAAAUAGAGAGGGACACAGACUCAAAUUUAGAGAAGACAGAUGAGGGGUGCAGAGGGGCUGAAGGGUCAUACGAUGGCUGAGAGAUACAGGCUCUGGUUGACAUAAUUUUAUCAGUGAAGAAGUGGAGGAAUUUUUCACAGAUUUCAGUGGAGGCAUCAAAACCAAGAGACUUGGGAGCCUCAAGGACAGUGUUUAUGGUUUUGAACAGAGCUCUGGGGUUGUUACAGUUAAAAGCAAUCAAUUCAGAGAAAUAUUUAUUCUUCUCAGCUUUCACAAUCCUCUGAUAAUUCCUCAGACUAUCUUUAAGGAUGCCAAGAGACACGUGCAGACUGUCCUUUUUCCACCUGCGCUCCGCCCUCCUGCACUCACGCCUGGCUGCACGAGUGACGUCGUUCAACCAGGGCUCGGGUGUAGGUUUGGUGCGCCGGGUCUUCAGAGGAGCGAUCGUGUCCAGUGUUUGUAUACAGGUGGGGGUUUGUAUACACACACAGGGGCUGCAGAGUCAUCCUCGCAGAGACCAACGAAGGUAGAUGAGAACAGAGCAGGCGAGGAGGAGUUAAACAUGCGACGCGGUUUAGGUGGAGCGCGCAAUUUAACCGGACACUGAGUGGGGAUGUCAAAUAAAAUCGGCAUAUGAUCCGAGAAAACAGCGUCACAAAUGACAAGGUUAGACACACACAGACCAUGCGAGAGCACCAAGUCUAGUGUGUGCCCGAGAUUAUGUGUAGAACCGGACACAGACUGCACGAAGUUAAAAGAGUCAAGGAGAUUUAAAAAGCUCCUGGAGACCGGCUCUUCAGGGCAACAAGUGUGGAUAUUAAAAUCACCAACAAUAAGGACACGGUCGUAUUUCGGCAGAAUUUCGGCCAGAAAUUCAGAAAAGUCACUUAUAAAAUCCUUAUUGUACUUGGGUGGUCGAUAGAUGACGGCGCACAGGACAACAUGAGAGCAGCCCAGUUCAAACAAGCACAUUUCGAAACUUGUGAAUGAGAAAUGCAGGCUGAUCUGCCGGCAUUUAAAGUCGCUUUUAAAAAUAACUGCUAUUCCACCUCCUUUUCGACCAGACGACCGCGGGGAAUUAAAAUACCAGCAAUCCGGCGGGCAGAGUUCAAUAAGAGGACUGGACUCACCGGUACUCAGCCAUGUCUCCGUCACACAGAGAAAAUCCAAUCCACGGGACAUGAAGAAAUCCUUCAGGAUAAAAGUUUUGUUUGCCAGUGAUCUGGCAUUGACUAGGCCGAACCUGGCAGAGAUCGGCACAUCCGAGGCAUCAGCUGAUCGCGGAGCCCGACACAGGGCCCGUAGAUGGCGAGGAUUCACCCCACGCCGGCGGGGACGAGGAGAGCAGGGGCCGCGGGGACGGACCAUCCCAUCCGAACCGACGACCGGUACCAGCCAGGAGUCGACAGGGUGCAGCGAUCGCAGAUGAGGAAAGAGACCAGAUCCCACUCCAUUUCUCCUCAGGGAAACCACGGAAGAUCGAGCCAAGAGAGAUUUAACUUUCACCAGGCGGCCGCUGCGUUUGCCACGGCGGCGCCGGCGUUUACGCCGUGGAAAUGGAGCGAAAGUGCAGCAAAGGUGAGCAGGUAUACCGGAGGGGUGAAACGGCUUAAACGUCGUGUGACCACAGUGAUCAUGAUCUACUUUCACCAAAUCCUUGGCAGAGGGGCGAAGAUCCAGCAGUGUUUGGUGGUCAUACACAUACAGUGAGCUUACUUUACUGAUAACGAAAGACACAAACAGCACAAACAGGAACAGCGCUGACAGCGAGAGACGGCAGGCCACACACACCGGCGCCAUCUUGGUUUGACUAAAGAAGGGGAAUACGACGAACAUGCAUGUGCACCUCAAGCACAACCAUCCCCUCCAUUUUUCUCAACUGAGCAAAAAAAGUACCGCCGGAGGUGCUGCGGAGCCAUCGUCCCGACAGGUACCGCUUACCGAAGCGUUUGGUAAGCAAAGCAAAAACAAAACAAAACAGCGCAAAAUGGUGCGCGCUGACAGACAGUGGAAAUUAAAGUUUAUCACUUUUGACAAGGUGUACUCGCAUUAUUAUGCCAUAUAAUAUCAUUAUGUAUAAUUUAAAAAACGGUGUCAAUAAUAUCGUUUAUCAGCGAUAAUUUGUAGCACAAUUAUCGUCCAGCAAAAUUUGUUAUCGUGACAGGCCUACGUCUGAAAUAGGGGAGAGUCCCGGGGAAAAUGGGAGUGUUGGCAGGUAUGGAUAUGACUGAUUGCUGCUUUGGUCUGGUGGCUGCACCGCUAGUUGAGUCUAAACUGCUAAUGCUACUCGUACCGUCAGCAGUGACAGGCUGUACAGACUCCGCUCGCAUUUUCAUGCUUCCCGCAUAAUCACUCGAGGAGAAAAGAUUUGUUAUGUUGCCAGUUUAUCGGCUUAAUUGCUCGACGUCACUUUGGAGAGACGUUGAAUAACUCCUCAACUAUAACAUCUUCUGAGGAUGACCCAAAGUCACAGCUGACAUCUGUUUUGCUGCCCUCAGCUCUGCGUUUAGCUCCAUGUUCGGUCAUUCUGCUCACUUCCGUAUUCAAACCCAUAUGUAUGGGAGCGGACACGGAUGAGGGAUUUCUGGGGGAGGAUUGUUAAUGAGGAAUUCAUGGACGAAUUGUGGAUUCAAAACUUCAGAAAAAUACAAAUACAAUUCAAAACCUCAGAAAUAACUCUGUCUCCUCCCCCGUCCAUACAUACAUUUCGCUUGAAAUGAACUGGUCACUUGACCCGCUACGUCACGUCCGGUGACAGAGAAUUGCAAGAAUAGUGUUUCCAUUACACUUUUGCGAUAUACUUAUAUAUCGACACGUCUGAAAAACCACCUCAUGAGAGCGUAAAAACUUUUUAGCGAUAUUUGAGAGUUUUUUCUGAAAUUUAGGUGUUUCCAUUACCAGUUUUCUAUUGCUAUAUUUAGGUUUUGCGCAAAUCUAUGGGUAAUGGAAACGCAGUUAAUGUAUCAUUGAAGAAUUUAUUGUGUGCAAAAUAAUAAUUCUUCAUGGAACAUAUAGUGCAAUGUCACCAUAUUGAAACAAUGUUUGACUUAUUCAAGAAGUCAAAGUGCAAACACUUUAUUACAGUUAACCUUAAUUAUAUAACCUCCUUAAAAUAUUACAAACUAAAACAUCACAUCCUAUUGUAAAUCAGUAAACAUGAGUCUUCCAGGUUUGGCCUUGCAAAAAACAAACCAAAAGAAAAGACUUACUUCUCUGGCAAGUUGCACCCCCUGUUGGCAAAUCCUAAAACUGCCUAUGGAACCAGAGAGGACAUAAUCACACACCCCUCUUUGUUUUACUAAGUACUUGUGUCCAGAGCUGUGUAAAACUGAAAGCCUCGCUGCAGCAUAGUGUAGUAUAACGCUCUUGUUAACAACCCAUAGCUGGUAGUCUGCUGUGUUUUGUAACUUGUCCCAUAGCUCAGCUGCCAAGCUG